GCAGCACCAUUCGCUAUUUGGUGCACAAGCACCGGUUGCCAAUAUAAUUAAAAUUACUUUUACACAAAUAAAACAAGCAAAACAACGUGAAUCAAACACUGCGACAGGCUAAUAAUAACCGCCAGAGAGGGGUAAGCUAAAGCGCAGCGCAAUUUGACCAACAACGAGGAAGAGCGGUAGGAAAAGCGGGGAAAGGCGAAAAAUAACUGGAGGAAAAUGGACCUGCUGGACUCGAUACUGAAUGCCAUGGACGCUCCGCCAGCGGCGGACGAGCGACAGAAGACGCUCAUUAAAAAGCAGCGCGAAAUGAUGGAGCGCAUGCAGAACAAACAAAAGGAGGAGUUACUCCGCUUUAGAAAAUAUGUCGAAGAAAGAAUGGGGCGGUUCGCCAAGGACGACAGACUAUGCAUCGAGUUCCAGCCGCUGGACAAGGUUCAUCGAUCGGUGAUCCACGAAAUAGCCGAAAACGGCGGCUUCAUAGCCAUGAGUUUCGGCCGUGAGGAUGUCGAUCGACAUUCGGUGGUUUACAAAAAGGAAAACGCUCCCAGCGAGGAUGAAGUGACGGCACGCCGUAAUGGCGAAGGCUGGAAUGCGGAUAUAGCCAAAGAAUAUGCGGAGCGGCGAAAAGAUCGAUUGGCCCAAGAGCAAAUCGACAAGGAGGCCGCCACCUCCGAAGCUAGUUCCUCUUCCACAUCCGGCGAUGCGAAUGGUGGCGAGGUGAAACCCACAAGCAAUUACAAGGCCAAGUACGCCCACCUAAUCGGUGAGUCAGCUGCUUUACAAGCAGCCCGCAAAACGGAGACCAACCAAAGCUAUGGAUUCGUGCCCAGCAAGAACAAGAAGGACAUGCGAUCCAUCGAACAGACGCUAGCCGAUAUUCAGGCAAAAAAGCGUCUUCGCCUUCAACAGCAACAGGAACAAGAGCAAGUGCAUCAACCAGAGGCCUCCACAUCCACAGCAGAAGAUCCGUGAAAAUGCUAGGACAUAAUUAGAGCAUACAUAAAUCGCUCGCUUAAUGCAAACUCGUAGAUCAAGAACUAAGAUAUUUUAAACUAAUGGUGCAGAUAUAUUUUGGUGUUUUAGUUAACUACUUUUUCAAAUGUUUUUCAACCAUUUUGUUAAUCAUUUUAGAUAGUUCUAUUCUUAAACUUUGUCUUAAAGUCAAA